AUGGGUUCACUGGUGGCCAAGCUCCUUCUGCCCACCAUCAGCACCUUGGUCUUCCUCCCCACCAUCAGCAUCGCGGCCAAGCGGCGCUUCCACAUGGAAGCCAUGGUUUACUUCUUCACCAUGUUCUUCGUGGCGUUUUACCAUGUAUGUGAUGGCCCCGGCUUAUCAGUGCUGUGCUUCAUGCGCUACGAUAUCCUGGAGUACUUCAGCAUCUAUGGAACUGCUCUCUCCAUCUGGGUGUCCCUGAUGGCCCUGGCAGACUUUGACGAGCCGAAGAGAUCGACCUUCGUCAUGUUCGGCGUCCUCACCAUCGCCGUGAGGAUCUACCACGACCGCUGGGGAUACGGCGUCUACUCGGGACCCAUCGGGACGGCCGUCCUGGUGAUAACCGUGAAAUGGCUACAGAAGAUGAAAGAGAAGAAAGGGCUCUAUCCAGACAAGAGCGUCUACACCCAGCAGAUCGGUCCUGGCUUCUGCUUCGGGGCGUUAGCGCUGAUGCUGCGGUUCUUCUUUGAGGAAUGGGAUUACACCUACGUGCACAGCUUCUACCACUGCGCCUUGGCCAUGGCCUUCGUGCUGCUGCUGCCCAAGGAGAACAAGAAGGCCGGGAGCGCCGGGACGCCCGCCAGGCUGGACUGCUCCACGCUCUGCUGCUGCGUCUGAGCCACCCGGGUGAGGGGGGCACUUGUUUUUCCGCUCCUAGGGUGAUGGAAGGGCGCAAGCAAAAGCAAAAUGCCAGCCCGUUGUGUUUUCCUCUGGGACACCGGCAUCAAUUCCCACCAGCUCCGUGCACACCCCGGGCUUUUCUUCCCUUUCCGCCAUCAGCCCUAGCAGAGGUUGCGCUUGCAGUUUGCCAUUUAUCUCUGCUUCUCUCUGGAGAAGCGCUUCUCUGGGCUGCAACCCUCAGGAGACACUUCGCUCUCGGGCCAUGUCACCACCUGGGCUGUCCCCUGCACCGUCCCCGGAGGACGUGAGUUGUCCCCCCUGUGCAGAUUCUCCCAGCCUGAGCACACAGGGCUUCAUUUUUCAUGCCUGAUUA